UACAAGUGGCUGGAACAGUAUAGAGAAGAAAGUGUACAACAUUCCCGGCGUGUCCCCAGACAUGAUGAAGUUGAUCAUAGAGUACGCAUACACUCGGACAGUGCCGGUGACGGUGGAGAAUGUGGAGAGGCUCCUCGCCGCGGCCGACCAGUUCAACGUGCUGGGCAUUGUCAGGGCGUGUUGUGAAUUCCUUGAAUCCCAGCUGUGCCUGGAAAACUGCAUUGGGAUCUGCAAAUUCGCGGACUAUUACUUCUGCCCAGAGUUGCGACACAAAGCCUACAUGUACAUCCUGCACCACUUUGAGGAGAUUGUGAAGGUGAGUGAGGAAUUCCUUGAGCUUUCCGCCUUUGAGCUCAGAGACAUCAUUGAGAAGGACGAGUUGAAUGUGAAACAAGAAGAUGUGGUGUUUGAUGCCAUUCUCAAGUGGAUUGCCCAGGACCCAGACAUCAGGAAAAAGUCCAUUGUCAUACUGCUGCCCAAGGUGCGCCUGGCGCUGAUGAACGCCGAGUAUUUCAUGAACAACGUGAAGAACAACGACUACGUGAAGGACAACGACGACUGCAAGCCGAUCAUCAUCAACGCGCUGAAGGCCAUGUACGACCUCAACAUGAACGGCCCGUCCAACUCGGACUUCCGCAACCCGCUCACCAGACCGCGCCUGCCCUUCUCCAUCCUGUUCGCCAUCGGCGGCUGGAGCGGCGGCAGCCCCACCAACGCCAUCGAGGCUUACGACGCCCGGGCCGACCGCUGGGUCAACGUGACAUGCGAGGAGGAGAGUCCCCGGGCUUACCACGGCGCCGCCUACCUCAACGGCUUCGUCUACAUCAUCGGCGGCUUCGACAGCGUGGAUUACUUCAACAGCGUCAAGCGCUUCGACCCGGUGAAGAAGUCGUGGCAGCAGGUCGCCCCCAUGCACUCCCGCCGCUGCUAUGUUAGCGUCACGGUGCUUGACUGCUUCAUCUACGCCAUGGGCGGCUUCGACGGCUACGUCCGGCUCAACACCGCCGAGCGCUACGAACCCGAGACCAACCAGUGGACGCUCAUUGCCCCCAUGCACGAACAGCGCAGCGAUGCCAGCGCCACCACCCUGCACGGCAAGGUCUACAUCUGUGGAGGAUUCAACGGUAAUGAGUGCUUGUUUACAGCUGAGUUCUAUACCCCAGAAACCAACCAGUGGACAACCAUAGCACCGAUGAGGAGCAGGCGUAGUGGUGUUGGUGUUAUAGCUUAUGGUGAAUGUGUGUAUGCAGUUGGAGGGUUCGACGGUGCGAACCGCCUGCGCAGCGCCGAGGCUUACAGCCCCCUCACCAAUACCUGGCGCACCCUGCCCACCAUGUUCAACCCCCGCAGCAACUUUGGCAUCGAAGUGGUGGACGACCUCCUCUUUGUGGUGGGCGGCUUCAACGGCUUCACGACGACGUUCAACGUGGAGUGCUACGACGAGAAGACGGAUGAGUGGUACGAUGCCCACGACAUGAGCAUCUACCGCAGUGCCCUGAGCUGCUGUGUGGUGCCAGGACUACCCAAUGUGCGGGAAUAUGCAGCCCCCAGGGACAGCCUGCUCGGUUUACUGUCCCGCGAGGAACAAAUAAAAUACUCUGCCUCCACCAGUCUUUUAGCGGUAUGAUCUCUGCAUGACAACUCAGUUACUCUUUUACUGUUACCAAUAAAAUAUUUUCCUGAAGAA